CACAUUCCAAACUCUGAAAUUAAAAUCAAGAAAUAAGAUAUAGAAUUUAUAUCAAUUGGAAACUUUGACCCGUUUGCUGAUCUCAAUUUUCUUCUCAUUUAAUUGCUCUGUUUUUCUCCGAACCCAAAAAUUCCUCUUUAAAACCCCAAGACAUCACGCUUCCAACACGCAAAACCCCUCCUAAACCCCACUACCAUGUUCCCAUUCUCCUCCCCCGCCGAACCAGGAGAACCCCACUCGCACAUCACUGCUCCUUUGAUCCCCAAAACACCAACAGAGAAUCGCCAUGAUCAUCCUCAACGUCUAAACCAAGAACAGAGCCAAAGCCCUCGCAAAACUCCAGCACAGGAGGAUCACUGCCAUGGUCGUCAGCACCAUCGCGAUGAAAACCCAGAACAGAACCAAAACCUGCGGAGUUAUAGAGAACGCGAAAACUCCAACAAAACCCAUCUCUCUGUCGCCAUUACAGAAGCAGGGCGCAUUGCAAACAUUGCUCUGCCCAUGGUCCUCACGGGCCUCCUCCUCUUCUCUCGCUCUUUGAUUUCGAUGCUCUUCCUCGGCCGCCUUGGCAACCUACCUUUGGCCGGCGGAUCCCUAGCCAUCGGCUUCGCCAACAUCACCGGCUACUCGAUUCUCUCCGGACUCGCCAUGGGAAUGGAACCCAUUUGCGGCCAGGCCUUCGGCGCUAAGAAAUUCAAGCUCCUCGGCGUCACGCUGCAAAGAACUGUCUUUUUGCUCCUGCUGACCUCAAUUCCAAUUGGCUUCCUCUGGCUCAACAUGCAGAGGAUCCUGCUUUUCUGUGGCCAAGACAGCGACAUCGCCGCCGAAGCUCAAUCCUACAUUCUGUUCUCCCUCCCCGAUCUCCUCGUCCAAUCCUUUCUCCAUCCCCUGCGAAUCUACCUCAGGACUCAGUCGAUAACGAUGCCUCUCACUUACUGUGCAAUCCUUGCCAUUUUUCUCCACUUUCCCAUUAAUUAUCUCCUAGUUUCAGUCCUCAAUUUGGGAACAAAAGGUGUCGCGCUAUCUGGAGUUUGGACCAAUUUCAACCUCGUGCUGUCUCUGCUUCUCUACAUUCUCCUCUCCGGCGUCUACAGGAAAACCUGGUGCGGAACAAUUCCUUUACAGAGUCUGAAGCGCUGCAAAUCCCUGGUCAAUUUGGCCGUUCCGACCUGCGUUUCCGUGUGUCUAGAGUGGUGGUGGUACGAAAUCAUGAUCUUAUUGUGCGGAUUGCUAGUGAACCCCACCGCCACAGUCGCUUCAAUGGGUAUUUUAAUUCAAACCACGUCGCUGAUCUACAUUUUCCCGUCUUCUCUGAGCUUCAGUGUGUCGACCCGCGUAGGAAACGAACUCGGAGCCAACCGGCCGGCGAGAGCGAAACUCGCCGCCAUCGUCGGGCUCUCUUUCAGCUUCGCCCUCGGAAUCGCUGCCCUUUUCUUCGCCCUGACGGUGAGGAAAACUUGGGCGACGAUGUUCACGACCGACGCCGACAUCUUGGCGUUAACGGCGACAGUUCUGCCCAUAAUCGGGCUGUGCGAGCUCGGAAAUUGCCCGCAAACGACGGGAUGUGGCGCUCUGAGGGGAACCGCGAGGCCCAAAAUGGGAGCGAACAUAAACCUUUGGUGUUUCUAUCUGGUGGGAAUGCCGGUGGCGACUUGGUUAGGGUUCUUCGCUGGGUACGAUUUUAAGGGGCUGUGGUUGGGCCUGCUGGCGGCGCAAGCGUCGUGUGCGGUGGCGAUGCUUGUGGUUCUAUGUCGAACAGAUUGGGAAGAGCAAUCUCAGAGAGCGAAAGACCUCACCGAAAGCGUUUUAGGGAUUGAAGAUGAUGAUAAAGAAGAAACCAACCAUUCGUCGGAGAGUUCGUUAGAUGAUGAUGAAAAGCUUGGUCAGUCCAACGUUUAAUUAUUCUUUGAAAAAAAAAACAUCGUUCUCAUAGAGCAUACCAUACAUUCCGGUACAGUAAAGGUGGAAAACAUUUUUUCAAUAUUAUCAGAAAAAAAUAAUAUUAAAUUCUUAUUUACAUACUAAGGAAAAUUGGUUGAAAAAAGAAGGUGAGGAAUUUGAUUCCAUUCUGUUUAUUCCUUAUUUAAUAAAUCUCAAAGAAUAGAGAUAAAUUUUUUUAAAGAGGAAGAAUAGUUGAUGGCUUGUUAUUUAGGAAAUUAGAGUAGUAGGUUUUUUGUCAGCUCAAAAAUUUUUUUUUUUCCUUUUUGUUCUUUCUGACACAUAGGCAAUAUUUUCUUUAUUUUUAUUUUUUAAAAUAUUUGUAGCAUAUAAAGUGGAAAGAUAUUGAUAUUAUAGAGACAUGGUUGUUAUAUAUAGUUAUGUUUUGCUCUUA